AUGGAGAAUAUUGACAUUAAUCCCAAAGUUUCUUCAGACUUUAUUUCGUCUGAUAUUGGACAAAAAAUUUUUAUGAUGCUCAGUAGUCCAAAUCAUAAAAACCUUGUCCAUGUUCAAAGAAGUAUAGAACCAAUUGUAAAAGUUAAUAACAAACCUCCUUCGAGUGUUAGUUCUAAUAUCACUUCUAUGCGAAAAACAAUUCCCAAGGUACCUAGAACAGGGAAUAACGUUAUAAAUAAACAAGCUCCUACGUCGAGUAAUCGCUCAACACAUAUUCAAAAUUUUACCCAUCGUGACGAGCAACGCUUUUCUAGAAUAAAUCAGCAACGUCAACGGCAACAAAAUAAAUUGCAUAAGAAGCGAAUUAAUUAUCAGAGACAACUUGCUGCGGCUUCUCGAAAUUCUAGAGAUGAAGAUUAUUCGGACGAUGGUUUCGAUUUGAAACAAGCUGACUUAAGAUUACUAAGGCUUGUAAAGAGAGAGCUUCUUAAUUACAUUGAAGAAAUUCCAUCAAAGAAAUUAAAGAGUGGUGAACUCACAGCGACAGAGAUCAGACCUUAUAUUAGAGAAAUUCACUUUCCUAGAUUCAAAAAGUAUUUGCUUAAUAAGGGAAUACGAGCUCCUAGUGAAAUGAUACUUAGGUGUAUUAAAGACCUUCAUAUUUCUCGUCGUGACGUGUGGCUCAAGAAACAAAGGAAGUUACGUGAAGAACGUUCCCAAGAACAAACGAACUUGAAACCUGUUCAAAUAAUUUCAAAUCAUGUUAUUUCUACAAAUGAGGAGUUAAGGAAAGAAUUAGAAUCUAUGAAAGCUCGUAUAGAAGAAUUGGAAACGGAUUCUAUUAUUAAAAGUCAAGAUAUAGAAAAACAAAAAGUCGAAAUUAAACAACUUAAAGAAGAAUUAAAUAAAAAGGAUACCACCACAGAUAUAAAAAAGUUGAAACAAGAAAUUGAUGAAUUAAAUGAGUUUAAAUUUAAUUUUAUGAGUUUAUUUGACACAUUAGGUUCCGAGUUAUCGGAAUUAAAAAUUAAAUUCGAACAAAAUGAAUUUUUUGGAGAUAGUUUAAUAGCUGAAAGACUACAAUUAAAUGAAAUUAAGAAUGAAAGCCUGAAGCCUAGACGAAAAAAUAUCAAUAACCUGACGUCUAGACAAUCUUUUAAAACAACACCACUUGUACAGGCUUUCGAACCACUACCAAAUCUUGAAAAUAACGUGAUACUUAGAUCAUCUGAUGAUGAAAGUACAGAUGAUGAAAUAAUGAAUAAAUCGUUUUCAAAAGGAUUCAUAGGGUCAAAUUCUGGAUUUCUUCCUCAAAGUAGAUCACAGUCCUCUAAUGUGAAUCCUAUACAGCUCUCUUAUUCUCCCUUUGUUCAUCCCCCUCCUCAAGCUCCUUUAGGGUCCUUUACUCAAGCUCCUUUAUCGCCCUUUACUCAAGCUCCUUUAAAUCACUAUGAUCCGGAUACUCGAGAUUCGAUACCGCAAAGACGAUCAUCUAGAACUGAUCGCAGAAAUAUUAACGACAUUUAA